AUGACCAGCCAAGUCACGACCAUGGUGGUGGACUACGUGGUGUUCAUCGGUUUCAUCGUGGUCUCGUUCGUGAUACCGCUCUGGGGUAACUUCCGGACGAAGAAAAAGGAGACCAAGGCGAAUUACGUGUUCGCCACCGGCACCGUGUCGAUGGGCGCGAUGAUGCUGUCAAUAGCGCGCGGCACUCUAGGCGUCCGCUCCUUCCUCGGCUACCCCUCCGAGCUGUAUUAUCGUGGCAGCGCCAUGUGGGAGACCCUGUACGGUAUGCUGCUGGCGUAUCCCAUCGUCUGCUUUAUCUUCGUGCCCGUUUACUACAGCCUCGGUAUCACCUCGGUCUACCAAUAUCUGGACAUGAGGUUCAAGUCGAAAUUAGUCCGAUGUCUGGCGAGCUUUUCCUACGUCAUACGGAGCCUUCUGAACCUGGCAGUUACGGUGUUCACCCCCUGCGUGGCACUGAAAACGGUGAUAGGGCUUCCGUACUGGGCGAGCAUCGUGGGCAUCACGACCAUCUCCGUAGCCUUCACGAUCAUGGGUGGCCUGAAAGCCGCCAUUCUGUCGGACGUCAUACAGGGUCUCGCGAUGAUCGGCGUGUCCAUAGUGAUCAUCGUGCAAGGGACCAUCGGCGUGAACGGGCCAGCUAACGUCCUCAAUGUGACUUACGAACGCGGACGCCUGGACUUCUUCAACUUUGACAUGGACCCGACUCUCCGCGUGACGACAGUGUCGGCGACACUGGGUCAACUCUUCAUGAGUUUAUCCAUUUUCGGAUGUCAGCAGAAUUUUGUUCAGAGAUACUGCAGCAUGACCAGCCAGCGGAAGGUUGUCAAGACGAUGAUGGCCAACAUGCCCAUCAUCAUGAUUCUCUUCUCGCUGUCCUGGGUCGUCGGAAUGGUGAUAUUCGCCAACUACGCCGACUGCGAUCCGCUCAGUCUCGGAUACAUCUCCAAGAUCGACGAGAUCGUGCCGUUCUACGUCGAGGACAAAUUCCACAACGUGCCAGGAAUGCUAGGUCUCGUGAUGGCCACCCUCUUCAACAGCGCCCUGACCCUGGCGGUGUCGAAUCUCAAUUCUCUCGCGACCGUUACCUUCGAGGACUUCCUCAGCCACAUCCCGGCUCUGAGCGAUCUCCGGGACACGCAGCAGGUGCGCGUGAUCAAGAUCAUCGGCGUCAUCUACGGCCUGCUGAUAAUCGGCAUCAGCUUCCUGGUGGCCAUGCUGUCCGGCGUGAUAGAAUCCUCGAUGCUGAUGACGUCGGCGACGUCCGGGCCACUCCUCGGUGUCUUUAUCCUCGCCAUGCUGGUGCCCUGCGCCAAUUGGAAGGGCGCCGCCGCCGGUAUGAUCUUCAGCCACGUUACCACUCUGUGGAUCACCUUCGGUCACCUCAGCCUGGGCACCAAGGUCGACACGCUGCCGCUGUCGACGGAGAACUGUCAUAACGAGACGUUCUCUUCCUGGGUGACCAAGCCGAUCAGUCUAGAGUCCGAGUUCUCCACGCCCAGUAACACCAGCUGGAUGGACGUUCAGCGCAACAUGACGCAGUCGCUCACGGCCGAUGAGUCGGCCAAUCCCCUGGACGUCCUCUACGGGAUCACGUACAUGUAUUACGCGUUCAUCGGCAGCAUGACGACCGUCAUCGUCGGUAUCAUCGUGAGCCUGCUGACGGCCGACGCCGAGGCCGACAAGUACGAGGAACACCUGCUGCAUCCGAUAGCGAGGAAGCUGGCGGGUCUGUUCCCGGGGAAACUGAGGGCGUACGGUCGCAGCACUCCUCUCGGCAACAAGAACGACCCCAUCAACACGACGAACGCCACCCUGUGUUCGGUAGCAGCCAGCACAGGUAGCGUCGAGAAGGUGGCACCUCUCCUUCCAGGCCACGAAACCAGGGUCCAGGGUUUCGUGGACGACAGCGGCAAGCUGCAGGUGGACAGCAAUUACGUGGAGAAGCUGAACGCGCUGAAGAACGUCUCCCUCGAGGUGACCAACGAGAUCGGCAAGAACACCAGAUUAUGAUCCGACGCUGAUCCGUAGGUGCUUCUCGUGUCUCUCAGUUAGCAGUCGUUGUUAUUGUUGUUGUUAUUAUUAUUAUUCCUGUUAUUAGCGCCGGGUAUAUCGAGAAAUCCCAACGUUCUCGAAUUUGGUGGCGUGUAACGUGAUAAACUUGGCCGAACUCGAACUCGUGUGUUAGUGUGCCAAAUUUUAUUAUCGCAACAUAAUAAACGGGUUUGCGGGCCCGUAGCGCGUGGAGCGUAAUUACGCGCGUAAGCGAAGUUUCCGCCGAUUACGGUGCUCGCGAGAGUCAAACUUGCAGCCAGCUCAAAAUAACGCUCAAAUGAAGGCAAUUCAGAAGUGCGACUCGCUUGGGGAAACUCCUAACUUGUGCGUGCCAAUUAGAGUUAACUACGAGACACCGGGUGACGUGUGUUUUGUGAGGGUGUGCUCAGACGCCGAGCGCGAUUCCCCGGCUUCCCGGAAGAUUGUCAGGAUUGUCAGAUGCAGACGCGUCUGACGCGUGCAACUCCGCGUCGAACGCUCGCUCGCAACCGGCGAUUUCCUCCGUAGAGACGUACGAGACUCCGUAGAACUCGGGAGCAGAGAUUGCUGUAAUUAGGAAUGAGUAAAAGGAGAAAGCGUUUUGUUUCAAGAGAGUAAUCGUAAACCCCGUACGAGCCGCCAGCAACUCAAAGAUGCGACUUCAUUGUAGACAGUGAGAGACUGAUGAUCCAGCUGCCGAGCAACGAGACGAAUUUUUACGUCUUCGUCACUUCCCGCUGCGCCGCUUCUCCUUCAAUUAUAUCUGCUAGGAAGAUCGACGUACCGAUCUUGGUCCCCCAUUAGUCUUGGAAAAUAUCCCUUUCUUGAAAUUCAGAAUAUCUCUAUGGCCUUAAGAAGAAAAUCGCUGCAAUUAGAAGAGACCUAAACAAGUCAAGAUGAUUCCUCUGCAAUAUGUGCAUACGUUUAUGCUGUCUAUACAUAGUCACAAUACGCUGACGUGGCAGCAAGCCUCUCCUCCCACGUUGGAAAGAUACAGAAUCAACGAGGAAAUCUUACGAUCGAUUCCCCAAGAGCGCCGGAUGAAGAGAAAGCAGUCCAGUUGUACAGAAAAGGAUGCGCCAGCGUUUCAUAAUCUAAGUAUGAAAACUCAAUGACUCGGAUCGGCGCUGCGCGAUAACGCGUAUCUUCGCGCGCGUCCACGGCGAAGAUAUCGGACGAAAUGAAGCAGCGCUCGUGUGCGAGGGUUCCUCCAGCUACUAGGUAGUGUUUUAGAUCUUAAACGGAUAUCAAAUCUUUAACGUAGUUUAAGCGUAACGCAAACUACUGUAUUAUAAUAUAUAAGUAACGUGUAGUAUUACGCGGAAGAUCACCGCACCUCCCCGUGGCGCGCGCGUGUGUGUAUUCUGCAUAUUAAGUAUGUGCGUCGUUCGCAAACUGUCGAGCGUUGGAUUUUAAAGCGUUGAGAUUUAUUUUUCUACUUGAGCGAGCGUGUGCGUGAGCCGUGUAAUUCGUAAGAUUCGCGGGAGGAUGUAUACGUAAUGAGAAUAUAGAGAGAGAGAGAUUCCUUCUUUUUUUUUAUGCCAAUCCAGCAACUGUGAUCGUUAAUUUGAUCUGUUCGAUCGCGCUUACAGAUACCUAUAUAUAUAUAUAUAUAUGUUACAUAUUUAUUACAGUCCGCAAUACAACUCACUAUUUUUUA